CAUGGUCCCCCUCCUCAUGGUCCCCCUCCUCAUGGACACCAUCCCCAUGGUCCCCCCCCUCAUGGGCCCCCUCCUCAUGGACACCAUCCCCAUGGUCCCCCUCCUCAUGGUCCCCCUCCUCAUGGACACCAUCCCCAUGGUCCCCCACCUCAUGGGCCCCCUCCUCAUGGACACCAUCCCCAUGGUCCCCCUCCUCAUGGACCCCCUCCCCAUGACCAUGAUUUCCAUGACUAUGGACCCUGUGACCCACCAUCCCAUAGCCAGGGUCCCCAUGGUUACCAUCGCCGUGGCCAUGGCCCACCACAUGGCCACUCAGGAGAAAGAGGUCAGGGUAAAGAAAAGUUUCCUUUCCAUCGGAGACAAAUUGGAUACGUUCACCGACUCCCUCCACUGAAUGUAGGUGAAGUUCUUCCUCCUCCUGAAGCCAAUUUCCCCAACUCCUUAUUGCCAAACUGCAAAGGUCCCCCACUGCCAGAUAUUCAGCCCUUCCCUCAGUCAACCUCAGAAUCAUGUCCAGGGAAAUUCAAGAGUGAGUUUCCACAAGUUUCUAAGUUUUUUCCAAAUUCAUCUCCAAAAUAA